AUGGAUGAGCUUUACCUGCGAAGAGGAGGACGUGUUGGUGCAUCGGCCAUGACUAAUGAUACCCUCAAUAAAGAAGGCCGAGCAGAGGAAGAGCACUCAGAGAUGUCCCUACAAGUGGUGUUGGCCACUUUGCUCCUCCUCCUCAUCCUCUCCACCCUACUGGGAAACACCCUUGUAUGCAUGGCAGUGGUCAAAUUCAGGCACCUGCGCUCAAAAGUCACCAAUUUGUUUGUCAUCUCCCUGGCUGUUUCGGACCUCUUGGUAGCCAUGCUGGUGAUGCCGUGGAAGGCGGUCACGGAAGUGGCUGGCUUCUGGCCCUUUGGCAGCUUCUGUGAUGUCUGGGUGGCUUUUGACAUCAUGUGCUCCACGGCUUCGAUCCUCAACCUGUGCAUAAUCAGUCUGGACCGCUACUGGGCCAUCUCCAGCCCCUUCCGCUAUGAGCGGAAGAUGACCCAGCGAGUGGCUUUUGUCAUGAUUGGAGUGGCUUGGAUGCUCUCCGUCUUGAUCUCAUUCAUCCCCGUCCAGCUGAGAUGGCACCAAGCCAAGGAGCUUCCUCCUGCCCACCAGAGAGACUCCAACAUCACCUGGAGCUCAGAGGAAAACUGUGACUCCAGCCUCAACAGGACCUAUGCUAUUUCCUCCUCCCUCAUCAGCUUCUACAUCCCUGUUGUUAUCAUGAUCGUGACAUAUACCAGGAUCUUCUGCAUUGCUCAGCGACAGAUAAGGAGGAUCUCCUCUCUAGAGAGGGCCGUGGAACACGCCCAGAGCUGCCAGAGCAACGAGUGUCCCCAUGAAGUGUCCUUGAAGAAUUCCUUCAGAAAAGAAACUAAGGUCCUCAAGACCCUCUCCAUUAUAAUGGGGGUCUUUGUCUUCUGCUGGCUUCCUUUCUUUGUGCUCAACUGCAUCAUCCCCUUCUGUGACCACAACCUGCAUCAGCUGGCAGAACUGCCGUGUGUCAGCGACACAGUUUUCAACAUCUUUGUUUGGUUUGGCUGGGCAAACUCUUCUCUCAACCCCAUCAUCUAUGCCUUCAAUGCUGACUUCCGAAAGGCCUUUACAACCAUCCUGGGCUGUGGCCGCUUCUGCCCCAACAAUGCUGUGGAGACGGUGAACUUCAGCAAUGAGCUGGUUUCAUACCAUCACGACACCACCUGCCAGAAAGACCUGGUGGUCUUGAGUGACCCACAGCUUCUACCCCACACCAUGACCCUCCAAGGGGAGGAUAAUGAUUUGACUUUUGACAAAGUCUCUGAGAUCUCACGUGAUACCUCCCAUGAUAACAAGGGAGCUGCUUUGUCAGCUAUAGUGCAUGUGGAGUAUGAGACUGAUACGUCACUUGAGAAGAUCGCCUAUAACACACUGGAUUAA